AUGCCUGCAAAAGCCACCAAGACCCAAGUCAAGAAGGAAAUUGCUGAACCAAAGACCUCUCAACAAGUAGAGAAGAAGAGAGAACAAGCAAAGAAGAAUCUUUCCAAGAUUACCAAGAGAGGAAAGGGUGUCAGAUCCCACAAGGUCUGGACUUCGGUUACUUUCAGAAGACCAAAGACUCUCAGAUUGGCCAAGAAGCCAAAGUAUGUGAGAAAGUCCAUUGCCGGAACUAACGACCUCGAUACUUAUCAAAUUCUUCAAUAUCCACCAACUCUCCAAAAUCCAAAGGUUUCCAAGGCUAUUGAAGAUAACAACACCAUUGCUUUUGUUGUUGACUUGAAGGCAAACAAGAAGAACAUCAAGAAGGCUUUCGAGGAAUUGUGCAAGACAAAGGUUCAAAGCGUCAGAACUCAAAUUACUGCUAAGGGAAGAAAGUUGGCUUUGAUCAAACUCCCAUCAUCAGUUGAAGCAGUCGAUAUUGCCACUCAAAUUGGCUUGUGCUAA